CCUAUACAGUAUACAGCAAGCAAGCCAGGCCAGGCGAAUUUCGCCUGCCGGCUAUCGCAUUCGGGCGUGAUUUUACAGUUCCACACGAUCCGUGCUGGGGAGAACACGCGCGCAAACUCCUCACCAAGUCCGGUGUGCCUAUUGCGGGUUUUCGGAAUAGUUUUGCGGUGCGACAAAUUGCGAUCGACGCGCGCGAAUUUUCCCGCUGAUAAGAAAUCGGUUACGCGCUCAUAGUGGUUUGAGAGGGAAAGGACACCCACCUCACCUCAAGAUCUUAUCGAUACUGAAUCGUGUAAUCAGCGAAGGUGUUAGUAACAACUAGUGUGUAGUGCGAAAAUGUGACAUCUCAGAGGAGAUAAAAGAUCACCUGGUUUCUACAAGUUCACAGUUCUUUGAAGAAGCAUUGAGCCCUUAGUUAUUUGACCAAGAUAAUUGUAUGUGAUUCACUUAUCUCACGGUGACACAGACGCUCGGAUAGUGUUUCGAAGAAAACGAGUGGAGGCCAUCGCUACUGUGCUGCUCUAUCAUAGUGAUGCGCGGUGCUGUUCAUUGUGUGUGAUUUAUAAUAAAUAAUAAUUGUGAUAACCGCAGAGCAAGAAGAGAUAUACGAAGGAGCAAAAGUGUCAAAACAACGCGCCAUUGCCGCUAAAGACGUCGUUAGCUCACAGCUGUGGAACUGCGCUUCCCAUAAUAUACAGGUGUUGUGUUUCGUCGGUACGAAUUUUAUCUAACUGCCAAUUACUCAACUUUGCAACAAUGUGGUGAACGAACGAACGAGCGAGCGAUCUGGCAGUGUUUGGUGGAAGACAAGGAUGACGGAGUGAAAAAUGGUCUCCGACAAAUCUGGCGGCGGAUGGUCAUAUUUAAUUAAUUUGCGAACCAUCGUUCGAUUGUUAUUUGUGUCUCCGGAGUAAAUCGAUGUGAAAUAGUGGGGAUGCUGCUAUUCGAGGCUUACCGGGUCAAAUCAGAAACUUAGCUCAGUGCAAUGUGGUGGCCAUACCAGUGCCAUCAGUGCCGAUUCAACGAUGAACAGCCGAAAUAAAAGUGAAACGAACUAUUGAUCAAUUGCGUGUUACGAGUUAGUGAGUAAGAAGAUUUAUUACCAAAACCGGCAGCAUGAAGAAACAUUACAGUGUUGAAAUUGCCGGCAAGUACGGUGGAGGUCGAUCGCCGUCGAACAUACUGGACAAGAUCACCAAACGGUACUCGGCGAUCGGCAGUCGGUUAAUGCGUAAGUCACCCGGGAGGAAGAGCUCUGUGGCGGAUCCAAUCACCGGAAGCUACGACAUGACCGGCGGUCGGUUCGACGACUUUCGACCAGAGAUUGGAGUCCCAGUUCUGAUUUCCAAAACUACCAAGUUCGACUUCGACUCGGAUAUGCCCAUGGAUCAACCCGAACAACAUCAGCAACAACAGUCAACUCCACGAUCCUCGCAAUCUCCAGCUCCCGUGUCACUGACAACCAGAUCUACCUCAGAUGACAGUGAAAACGACAUAUUCGUCGAUGCCAACAGUUCACUGCCAAACUUCAGCGAUAUCAAGUUCACGUUUCUCCCAGAGAGCAACAACAACUACGAUUCGUAUCUGGAUGAGAACGAUAAAGAAAACCAAAUUCACAUGCAGAGGAUUCGUUCCAAAUCCGCUCACAAUCUUCACCAACCGGAACUUCGGCUCUGCAUAGAGAAGACCACCUCGCUCAACUUGUCAGGGCUUAGCAAUGGUGGUGACCUUACCGCCGCUACCUCAAUAACUGUCCCAAACAGCCCAGCCGUAGACAGCAUUUACGACUUUCCUCGCAGCACCAAAGUCGGUGACUCAACCUACGAUCUCGAACACGCCAAUCUCAUCCUGAACGAGAUCAACCUAUCGCUCGUAAGCGAAGCCAAUGGCUCCCACCUGUAUCAUAAUCUGCCCAACGGAAGUCACGUUACCUCAUCCAACGGAAUCCUGCACAAUACGGCUUUCGACUACUCGGGAAGCAAUCAGAGCUGCCGAUCCAACAGCACUCACGAGGAAGAGUUCGACCUCAAAUCGGCCAGCUUCCAGAGCUUGGAUGCCCGGCACCUGUUCCUCUCGCUGGAGGAACUGGAUGAGAUCACGCGGCAAAUCAACGAGUCUGACAUCUUCAGCGAAGAGAACAACGAAUACUGCGAACAUCGGAACCAGCUGCAUCCAACUGAGCGAAGGCUCACGUUGCUCAAGAACAAAACGGCUCCCAAGCAUUUCAUCGACUUCGACAAGAGGAAGGCGAAGUUGACGAAGAAAUGGAGCGGUUUCAAACACUGGAUCGGGGAAGAGCAAGACAAAAUUAAGGAAGUGGUGCAGAAGCAUGCGGCCAUGCAACGGGUGGGUGGGGAAGUGUUGGGCAAGGGAAAAAGGCGCAGCAGCAGCAGUGAGGUGGGAAGUGAAGUGGCGGUGGAUGUUGUCGGGGGGGAUAGCGAAGUGCCACUGUCGAUGGUGAAUGGCGGCGAAGCGAGCAGUGAUACGGCGGAGAAUGAGCCCGGUCGCCGGAAGAAGCCGCACAGUGCGGAGAUCUUGGAGGGCCAGAAUGGCUUCGAAGAGAUCCGCCGGUUCGUCAAACAGGGCGGCGAUUUCGGCAAGGACCUCAUCGCAAUCCUGCAGGAGCGCACGGAGAUUGAGCAGAUCUACGCCAAAUCACUGUCGAAGAUUGCCAGCAAGCUGAACAAGGCGUGCCGCGAUCUGCCGGGAACGAUCGCCGACUCGUGGCGAGCGGUUUCGACGGAGAUCGAAAGCCGCGGGGAAAUCCACCGACAGUUUUCCAACUCGCUGGCUGACGAGCUGGUGAAACCGUUGAAGACAGUGUUGGACAAUCAGCACAAGGCGCGGAAGACCAUCGAGAACAACGUGGACAAGUCGGCGCGGAUUCUGGCCGAGUGGCGCGCGGCUGAACUGAAGGCCAAGAAGGGUUCGCACCACGCGUCGCGGGAGAACGAGAAACUGCAGGACGCGAUGCUGGAUGUGAAACUCCAACGUUCUCCAUCACUGGGUCUGCUGCACAAAACCAUCGAAAAGGAGUCCAAAUCCUCAGAGAAGGACAGUUCUAAGCUAGAAACCAAACGCAAAAAAGCCGAAGAUGCCGUCAAAAAAGCCGACGUCGAGUAUUACACCCUGUGCAUCCGAGCCGAACGGGCCCGCGUCGAUUGGGAGAUGUCCGUUCUGCGGGGUUCAUCGAUGCUUCAGUCCCUCGAAAAUCAACGGCUCAAUAACUUCAAAAACUACGUCUCCAGUUACUUCCGCCUAGCGUCCGAUAUGAAUCCAGUGCUCACGAAGGUCACCGAUCGGCUCGGUCCCCAGGUGCAGAUGUGUAACGUGCAGAAGGAUCUGGACGUCCUGAAGAACAUCCGCCGAGCUACGGAAGGCCCUAGUGAACAGCUUCUGCCAGACUUUUAUUGCGAGCACACCACCUUGGCGAUGAACCGGGAAAGGAGAAAGCAAUCGCUGGUCAAACUGCUGCAACUGAUCCGCCAAGAUCUGGACCGUGAACGACGGUCCAGAAACAGCCUCAAGGGAUUCUCGCAAACCUUCGAACCCAACGUGGAAGGAAACCAGAACAUUGCGGAUAAAUUGUACCAUAUAAGAUCGAUGCUAACAUACUUGGAGGGUGCUAGGUACAAGCUGCAGUCGGCGCUGUUUGAGCUAGAUCACAAGCCUCGGUCGAGUCAUCCACUGGCGCAGCAUAUACAGAUAACCCGUGAUCGGACAGGGUUGCAAACCAGUGUGCUGAAGGUGCCACUUUGGCUGAAAAACGAACAGGAAGAGGAAGAUGAUGGGCAGGUGUCGAAUACGAAUGGCGGUGGUUCCGGGUCGGAUAUCGACGGAGAACGCGACUGCGUGGAUAUCAAGAAUGAUACCUUGAUUAAGCACAUGGCGCAGAAGUACGGCCGAACGGAGGAGGAUCAUUAUAGUUUAAACAAAUCCAGCAAACCGAGCACUCCACCGGAUGAAAACGGUCCAACGUGGGACCGCGGCGUAGCUGAUGGAGUUUCUAACCAGCCAGACUCGGAUUUUGACGAAUUCUCCUCCCAGGACGAGGAAGAGGAUAGAAGCGUGGCCAGUGGCAUCGAGAACGGACAUCACAACACCAACGGACACCACCAUCCGCACAGCAACGGUUGCAACGCUGAAGAAACUGCGAACGACGGUGCUGCCAACAAUAGUGGACCUGCGGUAACCUCGGUAGUCGUCGGUCGCUGCCGAGCCCUCUUCAACUACACACCAAAGCUUUACGAUGAACUCGAACUGCAGCCGGGUGACAUCUUAGAUAUCCACAUCAAACAGGAGGACGGCUGGUGGUUGGGAGCGCUCCGAGGCCAGGUGGGCAUUUUCCCCGCGACUUACGUGGAGGAGAUUGCUUGAGCGUGCGAGAACUAGGGCAUUUUGUAUUAAAUUGAAAUUAAUCUGUACAUAUAGAUACGUUGCUAGAGUGAAGUAAGGUGCGAUCGCGCUCGUGUGCCUGAGAAUCAAUUAGGUCUAGUGGAAGGUAGAGUGCCUCGAAUAUUUUAGUUGUUUGAAAGUUUCCUUUGCUAGUGGAAUGUAUUUUCUUUUUAAUGCCGAAGACUAACCGAAAUGAAAGCUUUUUUAACAUCACAACCCUCUCUGUUUGCACGAGGAGGAAAGUAAUUGUUGAAUAAUUUAUUGAUAUACUUUGUAAAAUGUUUUAUAGAACGAAACGAGUUUUAAAUUUAAAGAAAGUCUUCCCCAAACGAAACAAUGAGCAAUAAUGCAAACGAAGCAAUAUUCGAGUUAAGCAGUUCAACCGUUUUGUACAUAGAAACUUUCGGAUGUAAAAGAAAAGAACCUAUAGAAAAAUCGUUUUGUAUUGUUUCGUAUUUAAUAAAAUUUUUGGAAAGUUUUU